GGAGCUAAGAGAAGCCCAGCAACUGUGCCACCCCAGAGAGGGACAGCCAGGCAUGGGCCAGUGUACAGGCUCAAGGUCUUCAAGCACACGUCACCAUCAAGGUCUCUGACAUCUGUGAUGGCUGCUGACCAGGACUCCAGGGCCACAGAGAUAGAUUGCUCUGAAGGGACCUCACGUAGCAGAAGUCAAGUGGUUUAAGAAGGAGCUAUUGGGAGCCUGCAUCUUUACCCAGCUCAGGAAGAACAUAUCUCACCCCUCAGCUGGACCUCACCCCAGUCCUUGAAUCAACAGAGAACCCAAGGAGACCUCAGGAGGAGGAGGAACAGAGAGCAACAUUUUCAUAGGUCACCUACCUCAGGCCAGGAGGCCACUGCCAGGGAGAGGACCACAAUGCUAGGCCCUCAUUUCCCACCCCCACCCCUCGGACCCAGUGAGGGGAGGCCUGCCCCUUGCACCUUCCAGAUUCCAGAUGGGAGCUACAGGUGCCUGGCUCUGGAGGCUGAGGAGAGCAGCAGUGAGGAUGGCCUGCAGGGAGAGGUGAAGAUUGUGGACCUGGAAGAAGAGGAGAUGGCCAGCAGAAGCAGAGCCAUGCCAGGGACACCUCAGCUGACCAGCGCUCUGGGCAGAAUCCAACCAUCCAGCUGCUCCAGGGAGGUGCAAGGUGGGUCCCAACAGGACAGGGACAGCUGUGACUGGGAAGUGGCACAGGCCCAGCAGGUGACGACAGCCAGCCCCAGCCCCGGCCCUGAGCCCAAGGUGGCCCAGAUACAAGCACUGGGCCGGAGCACUAGCUUCACGAGGAAGGAUCUGAAGGAGGCCAAGGCACGGAGCCAGCAGAUUGCAGCCCAGCUGACCACCCCUCCCAGCUCCAACUCCCGAGGAGUCCAGCUCUUCAACAGGCGCCGGCAGAGGGUGAACGAGUUCACCUUGGAGAGCCGUGGCCAGAGGCCACCAAAGCCCAGUCAAGAGGCCUUCCAAGCAGGGCACUCUGCAAGCCCCAUACACCAUGCCUCAGGGCUCAUCCUGAGUUCUAUAUCCCCAUCCAAGCUAGGGCCUCCAAAGCACCCCAGCCCCCAGAACCCUACCAGAGGGGUUCCUGGCCACAGCAUGGAGGGGUACUCAGAGGAAGCCAGUCUGCUGCAGCACCUGGAGAAGGCUGCUAGCGAGGAAGAAGAGGUACCACUGGUGGUUUACCUGAAGGAGAAUGCAGCUCUUCUGACAGCAAAUGGGCUCCACCUAUCCCAGAGCCGAGAGGCUCAGCAGUCCCCAUCAAGCCCUCUGACAACUGAGGUGCACAGUCCAGCUACAGAUGUCAACCAGAACCUUUCCUCAUCCAGUGCCAUCAUCACAUCAACCUCCAGUAGCCACCACAACCAACCCACCACUGAUGUCAAUCAGAAUCCUCCAGCCACUGUUGCCCCCGUCCAACAGAAUUCAUCUGAGGCACAGUGUCCUCCCAAUGGCACAACACCUGACUCCAAACCCAACACCCCAUGUGCUGAUGGGCAACUCCAGGUGUCAGCAGAGGAGGUGAGGUCCAGCAUACUCCUGAUUGAUAAGGUUUCCACUCCACCAUCUGCCACCAGCGCCUUCUCCAGAGAAGCUACCCCCAUCUCUAGCUCUGGGCCACCAGCUGCAGAUGUCAUGUCCAGUUCCCUGCUCAUUGACGUCCAACCCAGCACCCUAGUGACAUCAGCAGAACAAGAGAUGCUUGGACGUGUAGCUGCCACCACGCCCACCAAAGUAUACAGUGAAGUCCAUCUCACACUGGCCAAGCCCGCAUCUGUAGUCAACAGGACGGCCAGACCUUUCGGGAUUCAGUCACAAGGGGGCACCAGCCAGUUGGACCAGAGCCCCAUGAUAGGAAGACGACAUUUUGGGGAGAAGACUUGGGCCCCCCAGGCUACCACCAUGGUAGACAGAAGUCCCCAACCACAGAGACAUAUAAUGUCCCACAGCCCCAUGGUAGAAAGGAGGCUGGUUGGACAGCGAAGCCCAGCCCUGGAGAGACGCCACUUCACCCCACCCCCCACCUAUGCAGAGACUUUGUCUACAGAGCCUGUGGCUUCCCGGGUUAGGUCUCCACCCUCUUAUUCAGCCCUGUACCCCAGCUCUGACCCCAAGCCUCCUCAUCUGAAGGGCCAGGUGGUUCCCACCAGCAAAACAGGCAUUUUGGAAGAGUCGAUGGCCCGCCGAGGUAGCAGGAAAUCCAUGUUCACCUUUGUGGAGAAGCCCAAGGUGACUCCAAAUCCAGACUUGCUGGACCUGGUGCAGACAGCUGAUGAGAAGCGGAGGCAGAGGGACCAUGGGGAGGUGGGCAUGGAGGAGGAGCCCUUUGCCUUGGGAGCUGAAGCCUCCAACUUUCAGCAGGAGCCAGUAGCUCGAGGCAGGGCCAGCCCUGCAGCGGCUGAGGAGGCUGUCCCUGAGUGGGCUUCCUGCCUCAAGUCACCCCGCAUUCAGGCCAAGCCGAAGCCCAAACCCAACCAGAACCUCUCCGAGGCUUCAGGAAAAGGGGCCGAGCUCUAUGCCCGCCGCCAGUCCCGGAUGGAGAAAUAUGUCAUUGAGUCUUCAGGCCAUGCUGAACUGGCCCGCUGCCCUUCACCUACCAUGUCCCUGCCUUCAUCCUGGAAAUACUCCACAAAUGCCCCUGGGGGCUUCCGAGUGGCAUCCUUAAGCCCAGCUCGGACCCCACCUGCCUCCCUCUACCAUGGCUACCUGCCUGAGAAUGGGGUCCUGCGCCCAGAGCCUACCAAGCAGCAGCCAUACCAGAUGCGGCCCUCACUCUACGUCCUGUCACCCAUCAAGGAGCCCGCCAAGUCCUCUCCACGCACUGCGUCAUCACGCGCUGCCUCACGCACUGUCUCCCCUCGCACUGCCUCCCCAGCCAAGCCUAGCUCUCUGGACUUGGUGCCCAACCUGCCCAGGGCAGGCCUCCCACCAUCUCCUGCCCUACCUAGGCCCUCCCGUUCCUCCCUGGGCCUCUAUACCUCCCCAGGCCAGGAUGGCCUCCAGCCCACUGCUGUGAGCCCCACCUAUAGCAGUGAUAUCUCCCCGGUGUCUCCCUCCAGGGCGUGGUCUCCCAGAGCCAAGCAGGCCCCCAGGCCCUCCUUCUCCACCCGGAAUGCAGGCAUCGAGGCCCAGGACCGCCCGGAGAGCCUGCCCACCUCCCCGCCCUGGACGCCGGGCGCUUCCCGGCCCCCCAGCAGCCUGGACGGCUGGGUGAGCCCCGGGCCGUGGGAGCCCGGCCGCGGGGGCAGCAUGAGCAGCCCCCCGCCGCUACCGCCGCCGCCGCCGCCCAUGUCCCCGUCGUGGAGCGAGCGUUCCGUCUCCCCGCUGCGACCGGAAACCGAAGCGCGCCCCCCGAGCCGCCAGCUGCAGGCGCUUCUGGCGCGCAACAUCAUCAACGCGGCCCGGCGCAAGAGCGCCUCCCCGCGGCCGGCGGGCGCAGAGAGUCUGCGGCCUUUCUCCCCGCCGCGCGUGCCGCCGCCACCGCCGCCGCCGCGCUUGCCCUCCCCACAGCCCUCUCGCCCCGCAGGCCCGGCUCGCGGAGCGGCGUUCGCACCCAUCCGUCGGAGCCCGCUGCCUGCCGGGCCCCCGUCGUGCACCAGUCCCCGGAGCCCCCUGGCGGCGCCGUCCAGGCCCUUUCCCUACCGCCGCUCGCCCACAGACUCUGACGUGUCCCUCGACUCCGAGGACUCAGGGGUUAAGUCGCCUGGCAUCCUCGGCUACAACAUCUGCCCCCGCGGCUGGAACGGCAGCCUGAGGCUCAAGCGUGGUAGCCUCCCCACCGAGGCCUCCUGUACCACCUAGAGCUCCACUCCCUCCCGGGGAAGGCCAAGCCAGAACAGGCAUCAGGCUUGGGGGAACCCCAGCACCGAGACCCCAAAGGGUCUAACCUCAUUGGACAGCCCGAGGUAGGGUGCAGGGAAGGAAAACUCUGAUCUUGGAGAUGGAGUAGAGCUACGAAAACUUGGGUUCUAGACCUUGGCUCUGUCAUUCAUUUGUGUGACCCUAAGCAAGAGUCUCCUGUCUCUGAUCCUCAGCUGUUUAACGUGGCUUUUUGGCCAAAGCAGUCUCUGACCGUCAAAUUUUCCCCUUCUAUCCACAAACUGCCUUGAAGGGUGCAGCUCUGAAUCAGGCCUUUGGACCUGCUGCAUGUCAGGAUUCCGAGCUUCUUCCUCCCUUGCUUGGUUUUCCGAAGUCUGGCACAUGAAGGGUGUGUUCAAAAGAACCUAGGCCAUGACCCAGCCCUUGGCUUGACCAUCCAGCUCCCUGGCACCAAGGCCUAGACGGGAGCAGCUGUUUUCCAUCCCUUCUCAGACAAGCUCUAUUUUUAUCUAGUGACCUUUAGAGAGAUCUCCCAGGCCAGCUCAAGGUGCCCGGCUGGCCCCUCUGGGGGAAAGGGGCAAGGAGAUUCUCAUGCUUUCUCUACCCCAGCUCAGGGUGGCCAGGGAAGAACAUUGUGUAGGGGGCUGAGUACCCCAGGCCUACUUCUUUGGCCUCCUGCAUCUCUGCUUCUCGGCAUGUUCAUGACAAGUUCUGGACUUUUCAAAGCUGGAGAGAGAAGGACUAGAGACCCCCAUCUGGCUGCCUUCUGUUGGGGCUUACCUAUUUAGAAAGAGGAGGCAAAGAGGUCCUUCUUCUAGAAAAUGCAAACCAUGCCCAGGAUGCAUAAAGGAGAUUCUAGCAUUGGAUGGGGCUGGCCCCUGAACUCUGAAAUGCAUUCCAAAGUAUUAGGAAGUGGGAAAGGGUCCGGGGGAAGACCACAGGAAUUGAAUUCAGGGACAAAGAAGUUUGAGUGGGAAGUCAAGGGGUCAUGCCAGAAUAGGCCUCUGUUUCUGGACACCUAGGAAGUACCCCCCACUGCAGUUUCAGGCCCACCCUAGUGUCUGCACCAUCCAGAAGAGUGGUCACUGUCUGUCCAUCUUGGUAUCCCACUGUGGCCGAGCUGAUGCCUGGAACCCAGUGACCUUGAGGAACUUGGAUGCAGUCUGUCCCUUAAACCUCAGUGGCUCCAAUUCUAGUCCCUAGGAGGGACACUGAGAAGAAUUUGCCUGAGUUCUGUAGUUUUCAGAGUUGGCUGGUAGUAACCAUAGUGGUUCAGAAUAUCUGGGGGUGGGUGCUGAAGCUGGAUGAGGAGCAAAUGUAUGUGGGUGAAAGAAUAUCAGGAUGUUGUUAAAGGUGAGGGACUAUGUGGCUUGGGGUAAUCAGUAGGCUUACCCCACCUAUCAAGGUGAUAUUAAACCUGGAGCACCUGAGUAAGGCUGGGGAAAGCUAAGGUCAGGAUGGAACGAAGUCAGGUUUGGGGUGAAGUGCAUUUUAGUGAUCUCGGAGGGUUCUAAUGCCUAUGACUUGGGAACCAGGCCUUACUGGGAAGAUGAGAGGGUACUCCUGUUUGGUUAAUAAUGACUGAACACACUUACCUAAACCCCUACCCAUUGUAGCAUCCCUUGUAGUUAAGGAGUCCCAAGCUAAGGAUGCCUUCCAGAGAGCAUAGAUAAGCUUCUGCCCACAUUUCCCCAAAGAGCCAGCAGGAGGCAGCUUUGGGAGACUACAGUUCUGUUCCUGCUGUUCUGUCACUGUGACUGCCUUCUCCCUGCCCAUUUCCUCUAACCCACUAGAGCUUGCCUUUAUCCCGCAUCACGCUUUCUGUAGAAUUCAGCGCAAUAAAUGCUUACUGCAUUCUUUU